CCAGCUCACCACACCGUCAGCCGCUAUUGAUCACCCACCCCUCUCCCUCCCACUCCCAGCCUCCUGCCCACGGCCGUGCUCCACAGCCACCGACGCCGGAAUGAAGGGCGUGCCCGCCGCCGCCAACGCCGCGGCGGCCCCGGUGCCGGCGACAAAGAUCUCCAUGCCGGCUUCCGCGGCGGGCGGCGCGGAGGCGGCGCUCCCGGGCAAGGGGCGGUACAAGGUCUGGGCGUUGGCCGCCAUCGCGCUGCUCGCGCUCUGGUCCAUGUCCGCCGCCUCCGUCUCGCUCCGCUGGUCCUCCUCGGGCGACCUCGCCUCCGUCUACAGGGACCUGGACGUCCCGCUCGGCGACGACCUCGACUCCCUCGAAACUCAUGUGGUGGGUCAGGAAAGUCAUGUGGCGGGUCAACCAAGUCCUGUGGAGAUGGAGGAGAGGGAAAAAUUAGUGGGUCGAAUGUGGGACAUGUACACACGCAUCAGUGAUGAGGUACGGCUUCCACGGUUCUGGCAGGAGGCGUUUGAGGCUGCAUAUGAGGAACUUGCUGGUUAUGAUACGCAGGUCCGUGAUGCAGCUGUCGCUGAGAUUGCCCGAAUGUCAGCUCACAAACUUGAGCUUGAGCAGAUAGUGAAUGAGAAUGAGGAAGAGAAUGCAGCAAGCAACAGAGGUGGUAGCCGGUCGAUGGGGAAGUAGUAGUUUCGCAAAUAUCUGCUGACUAAGAUCCCCAGCACCUGAAAUUUGGGGUUUAGACAUGGUUAAUAGUUACAUUGGUUGUUCACUGGAUCUGUACCAGAUACUGCGAAAAGGGUUCAUUUCUGGCACUGUGUAACGUUAGUUACUGGCGCUUAUGUCUUGUGCCAGGUAGAGCAGAAAGGCUUGUCAUUGUUGUAAAGUAACCUUCCCAGUGAAGAUACUCCCGCGUAUUAUCAGGCUCCCUUGACCACGGCUUAUGCUGCUUCUAUGAUUAUUCAAUUUGUGUUCAUUGA